GCCUCUUCCCUCCUCCCCUCCCCGCGCUCUCGCCUGAAGACUGGGUUGGGUUUGGAGCAGAGGGAAGAAAAGGCAACGCACGGGGAUUGCGUUUUCCCCCGUUCCUGCUUUCUCUCUCUCUCUCGCGGCUAGUAGACUUUGUAGAUUCUUUAUUAUUUUUCCUCUUGCAGAAAAAAACCCCCUCUUCACCCUUAGCUGCUUUUUUUUUUUAAGCGCGCAGUUAGUGGCUUUUAAAGCAUCUGUGCCUUUUUUAAAAAAAAGAAAGAAAGCCGCCGUUUUUAUUUUAUUUUUUUGCAAAGAGCAGAGCCCAGCAAGCAGUUUUCGGUUUGCGUGGGAGUUGUUUCCCGAGAGAGAUGUCUUAUCAGGGGAAGAAAAAUAUUCCACGCAUCACGAGUGAUCGCCUUUUGAUCAAGGGUGGUAAAAUAGUUAACGAUGACCAGUCUUUUUAUGCAGACAUUUACAUGGAAGAUGGGUUGAUAAAACAAAUCGGAGAGAACCUCAUUGUGCCCGGAGGAGUGAAAACCAUCGAAGCUCAUGGAAGGAUGGUGAUCCCUGGAGGCAUUGAUGUCAACACUCGCUUCCAGAUGCCUGACCAAGGGAUGACCUCUGCAGAUGACUUUUUCCAAGGAACGAAAGCUGCUCUGGCUGGAGGCACCACCAUGAUCAUUGAUCACGUCGUUUCAGAGCCGGGGAACAGCUUGCUCUCUGCAUUUGACCAGUGGCGUGAAUGGGCUGACAGCAAGUCCUGCUGCGAUUACUCUUUGCAUGUGGACAUCACAGAGUGGCAUAAAGGAGUUCAGGAAGAGAUGGAAGCAUUGGUUAAAGACCAUGGAGUGAAUUCCUUCUUGGUUUACAUGGCCUUCAAGGAUCAUUUUCAGCUAACAGAUUCUCAGAUAUAUGAGGUCUUGAGCGUGAUGCGUGACAUCGGCGCCAUUGCCCAAGUCCAUGCUGAGAAUGGUGACAUCAUUGCUGAGGAGCAGCAAAGGAUCUUGGAGCUGGGAAUCACUGGACCCGAGGGGCAUGUUCUGAGUAGGCCCGAAGAGGUUGAGGCUGAAGCUGUGAACCGGGCCAUCACCAUUGCUAAUCAGACCAACUGCCCCUUGUAUGUCACUAAGGUGAUGAGCAAAAGUGCAGCUGAAGUGAUUGCCCAGGCCAGGAAAAAGGGCACUGUGGUGUACGGGGAGCCCAUCACAGCAAGCUUGGGCACAGAUGGGUCGCACUAUUGGAGUAAAAACUGGGCCAAAGCAGCAGCUUUCGUCACCUCUCCACCCCUAAGCCCUGACCCCACCACUCCGGACUUCCUCAAUUCUCUGCUGUCUUGUGGAGAUCUCCAGGUCACUGGCAGUGCCCACUGUACCUUCAACACUGCCCAGAAAGCUGUUGGAAAGGACAACUUUACUCUGAUCCCUGAAGGAACCAAUGGAACUGAGGAAAGGAUGUCUAUCAUCUGGGACAAAGCUGUGGUUACUGGCAAGAUGGAUGAGAACCAGUUUGUAGCUGUGACCAGCACCAAUGCAGCAAAGAUCUUCAACCUGUAUCCACGGAAAGGGCGCAUCGCUGUGGGCUCUGAUGCUGACUUGGUGAUCUGGGACCCAGACAGUGUCAAGACAAUCUCUGCCAAAACCCAUAACAUAUCUGUGGAAUACAAUAUCUUUGAGGGCAUGGAAUGCCGUGGCUCACCAUUGGUUGUCAUCAGCCAAGGGAAGAUUGUGCUGGAGGAUGGUAACAUCCAUGCAACUGAAGGUUCCGGACGAUAUAUCCCCAGGAAACCCUUCCCAGAUUUUGUUUACAAAAGGAUCAAGGCAAGGAGCAGGCUGGCUGAGCUGAGGGGUGUGCCCCGAGGCCUGUACGAUGGCCCUGUCUGUGAAGUCUCGGUGACGCCGAAAACAGUCACACCAGCAUCCUCGGCCAAGACCUCUCCAGCGAAGCAGCAGGCCCCGCCUGUUAGGAACCUGCACCAGUCUGGAUUUAGCUUGUCUGGUGCACAGAUCGAUGAUAAUAUUCCACGCCGUACUACGCAGCGCAUAGUGGCACCACCUGGUGGACGCGCCAACAUCACCAGCUUGGGUUAAAAAAAACCAAACAUGACCGCUUAGCGGAUCAUGGGAGUGGGUGGGGCACUUGAAGACCUUUUGAUUCUUUUAGAGCCUGUGAUGGUUACUGCGGGCAACCAGUGGGUCAGGCCUAGUUGAGGCAUCAGUCCCCCCAGUCACUUUGUUGUCAAUCUCUUUCCCCCAACAUCUUCACAGAACCUAUUCACGUACCUCUUCCUACACAUUUGGGAACAAACCCUGUUUUUGACAUGGUGAUGGAAAAA